GCCGGCGGGGAGGCCGGGGCGUGCCAGGGGAGGGGCGCCCGCGCUAGGCUUGGAGCGCGCGCCGCAGACGUGAGGGGGCGCUGCAGGACGGGGGCACUUCGCGGGCAAGAGCGCGGAGGCGGGAAACCUAGUCGGCCGGGGCUGGGGCGGGCGCAGCCGGAGCAGAUCAGAGGAGGGGGUGCUGGACUCAGGGUGAGGCGCGGGCAAUGGCGCAGAGAACGGGAGAGGGUGCUCGGAGCAAAGUGCAUGGCGUGGGCAAAGGCGUGGUGGCGAGGACGCCUGGGUGCAGCGUCUCAAGAUGGCGGCGGCGGAGGCAGUGCACCACAUUCACCUGCAGAACUUCUCCCGAUCCCUGCUUGAGACGCUCAACGGGCAGCGGCUGGGUGGGCACUUCUGUGACGUGACUGUGCGCAUCCGCGAGGCUUCACUGCGUGCACACCGCUGCGUGUUGGCCGCCGGCUCGCCCUUCUUCCAGGACAAACUGCUGCUCGGCCACUCUGAGAUCCGCGUGCCGCCUGUGGUGCCCGCGCAGACGGUGCGCCAGCUCGUCGAGUUCCUCUACAGCGGCUCGCUCGUGGUGGCGCAGGGUGAAGCGCUGCAGGUGCUCACGGCCGCAUCGGUGCUGCGCAUCCAGACGGUCAUAGACGAAUGCACGCAAAUCAUAGCCCGCGCCCGCGCCCCUGCCCCGGGCACCCCCGCGCCCGCGCCCCUGCCCACGCCCGUGCCCCCGCCGCUCGCGCCCGCGCAGCUGCGCCACCGCCUGCGCCACUUGCUGGCCGCGCGCCCCCCGGGCCACCCCGGUGCCGCGCACACACGCAAGCAGCGCCAGCCCGCGCGCCUGCAGCUGCCCGCGCCCCCCGCGCCUGCCAAGGCGGAGGGAUCGGACGCCGACCCUGCCCUGACCGCUGCCCCAGACGACGGCGGGGACGACGACGACGACGAGACCGAUGAGGAGACCGACGGCGAGGAUGGCGAAGGCGGCGGCCCGGGUGAGGGCCAGGCGCCCCCUUCUUUCCCCGACUGCGCCGCCGGCUUCCUACCCGCGGCCGCGGACGGCGCGCGCGAGGAGCCGCCUGCGCCCGCCGGCCUCUCCGAUUACAGCGGCGCCGGGAGGGACUUCCUCCGGGGGACUUCGGCUGCCGAGGACGUGUUCCCCGACAGCUACGUCUCCGCUUGGCAAGACGGAGAUCAAACCGCCCCUGAAGGCUGUCCCGCCGAGACCCCUGCCCCGCCCGACUGUGUCCUAUCCGGACCCCGCCCACCUGGCGUGAAGACCCCCGGGCCGCCUGUCGCGCUUUUCCCCUUUCAUCUGGGCGCUCCCGGGCCGCCAGCGCAGCCCCCUCCCGCGCCCUCGGGGCCGGCCCCUGCGCCCCCACCCGCCUUCUACCCAGCGCUCCAGCCGGACGCAGCUCCCAGCGCGCCUCUAGGGGAGGCCCCGGCCCCACCGGCCGCUCCCAGCGCAGCCCCCUCGACCACCCCUGCGCGCGCCCCGGGUGCCGAGCCGCCCGCCUAUGAGUGCAGUCACUGCCACAAGACGUUCAGCUCCCGGAAGAACUACACCAAGCACAUGUUCAUCCACUCGGGGGAGAAGCCGCACCAGUGCGCCGUGUGCUGGCGGUCCUUCUCGCUGCGCGACUACCUGCUCAAGCACAUGGUCACGCACACGGGCGUGCGCGCCUUCCAGUGCGCCGUCUGCGCCAAGCGCUUCACGCAGAAGAGCUCGCUCAACGUGCACAUGCGCACGCACCGGCCGGAGCGCGCGCCGUGCCCCGCCUGCGGCAAGGUCUUCUCGCACCGCGCGCUGCUGGAGCGCCACCUGGCCGCGCACCCUGCGCCCUGACCCGGGCCUGGGGCCUGGCCACGCCCACCGACGGAUCGGUCGAGCCCCACCGCUGUCACGCCUGCCGCGGCCACUUUACCGCGUUCCCGCCACCAGCCCACGCUUUCUCCUGAGAGCAGGCCCUCCUCCUGCUUCCACCCUUCUCUCCAGCCCAGCCCGCCUUAUUCCUCUCCUCCUACGUACUCGGCCCUCCGGGUGGGGGCUGGCUGGGGAUGGUCAGGGACCCGACCACCUCUGAGAACUGGAUCGUCUCCAACCUGAACUAGGGCUCAGCCAUGGUGCGGGGGCCCAGGAUUCAUGGCUCCGACUCUGGUUCACGCCCAUCCCCUCCCGUGAGUGGGGUGGGGUCUGCUCCCCUGCCCCUGUGUCAGGCCGGGAAAUGUCCCCGCCUCCCCGACCCGAGCUAAUCCUCCCUAAUCUGGCGCUUGGGGCGUCUCAGGUGGGCCCAUCAUGGACUGAGGCCUGGUCUUGGGACCCCUGCUCUGUAAUAAAGGACUGUGGGCCGUGGGGCCGAAAC